AUGCCCCAAAAUCCCAUCUUGGAAGUAGAAAUUUUUGACUGUUGGGGUAUUGACUUCAUGGGUCUUUUUGUGAGCUUAUAUGGGAAUCAGUACAUACUUGUUGUUGUGGAUUAUGUUUCCAAAUGGGUUGAGGCUGUUGCCUCCCCAACGAAUGACUCUAAGGUGGUGGUCAAGCUCUUCAAAAGCACCAUCUUCCCAAGGUUUGGGGUUUCUAGAGUAGUGAUAAGUGAUGGAGGUUCUCAUUUUGUGAACAAAACUCCAGAGGAGCUGCUAAAGAAGCAUGGUGUCAAGCACAAGAUAGCUAGUCCAUAUCACCCUCAAACCAGUGGCCAAGUAGAGGUUUUAAACAGACAGAUCAAGGCCAUCUUAAAAAGGACAGUGAGCAACUCAAGGAAGGAUUGGAGCAAGAAAUUGGAUGAUGCUCUUUGGGCCUGUAGUACUGCUUUCAAGACACCUAUUGACACAUCUCCCUUCAACCUUCUCUAUGGAAAGUGCUGCCAAUUACCAGUAGAGCUUGAGUACAAGGUUCUCUGGGCUGUUAAAAUGUUGAAUUUUGAGAUUAAGACAGCUCAAGAGAAGAGGGUACUCCAGUUGCAUGAACUUGAAGAGAUCAGACUCAAUGCCUUUGAGAGUGCAAGGAUAUACAAGGAAAGGACCAAGAUCUUGCAUGAUCAGAAAAUUCUAAAAAGGGAGUUCAAGGUGGGAGACUUGGUUCUCUUGUUCAACUCUAGGCUCAAGCUCUUUCCUGGCAAGUUAAGGUCAAGAUGGUCAGGACCAUUCAGGGUUCUAGAGGUUAGGAGCUAUGGAGCAUUGGUCUUGGAGGAAAAAGAUGGAAAGGGUUUUGUUGUGGAUGGACAAAGGGUCAAGCAUUACCUGGUUUCUGAGAAGAGAGAGGAGGCUUCCAACAAUUCCUCUUGA